AUGGGACCCUCUCUCCUGGCUCGGCACAAGAGCUUUACUAGUCUGGUGUUUCCCUUUACUUCUGAUUUCGUGCUGGAAAACCUGGGAAGAAUGGGGGUCACGUUAUUUCUUUUUGUAAUAGGAGUGAAAAUGGAUUUAGGGUUGCUAAAGCGAUCGGGAAAAAAACACUUGUAUAUUGCCUUGGCCAGCGUCUUCGGACCUCUCUUAAUAGUGAGCAUUGUAGCAGUUCUUACCAAAGAAUCUAUGGACGAAGAGCUUGCCAGAGUUUCUUCAAUCGGAGAAAUUGCCUUGUCAUUGUCGGUCACAACAUUUCCGGUUCACUAUACCAUACUUGAAGAAUUAAACCUGCUUCGCUCCGAGGUUGGGAAUAUGGCAUUGUCCAUAGCUUUAAUUAGUGAUGCGAUUGGGAUAAAUUUCAUGGUGGUUUUUGAGGCAAUGAAACAAGGGGACAGUUCGGCUCAGAGUAUAAUUUGGUAUUCAAUUUCCUGUGUGGUGAUGGCAGCAUUCACGCCUGUCAUCCGACGAGCAAUGGUGUGGAUUAUCGAACAAACCCAAGAGGGAGAAGCAGUAGAUCAGUUCUACGUGAUUGCCAUCUUGUUGGGAUCGUUUGUGGCAGCGUUUGUGACAGACAUGUUCGGUUUAGGCAUCGCUAACGGCUCAUUCUGGCUAGGACUGAUGAUGCCAGACGGCCGGCCGCUAGGGUCAACCUUGGUGCAGAAAAGCGAGACAAUUAUAACUGAAGUAUUUAUGCCUUGUUCAUUUGUCUUUAUGGGACUCUCCACCGACUUUUAUGCGAUGAAGGAAGCUGGGUGGUCUGCUUUGCGCCCGCUAUUUGGCUUGGUUAUUUCUGGUUACUUGUCGAAAUUCUUCUGCACUAUGCUGGCUGCUAAGGCGGUAGGUGUGUCAUGGAGAGAUAGCCUUGCUGUCAGCCUUAUUUUGAGCUUAAGGGGUUACGUGGAGCUUGUUCUCUACGUCCAUUGGGUGGACAGAAAUGUGCGUUGCUUGCUUGCUGCUUUGCUUUCAUUUAUUUAUUACUAA